AGCCCGACGGAGGGCACGGGAGGGGACCAGAUCUCCCCGAACACUGUGGGAGCCGCCACCCGCCGCGCCGCUGCCUGCCCCAGCCGACCGGCGUUGAGGAGGGAGCCCAAAAAGUAUGGCUGAGGAGGCGGCGCCUAGCGAGUCCCCGGCCGCCGGCCGGCCGAGCUGGGAACUUUGUGCCCGGGCUCUUCGGGAGCAGCAGGAGGAGGUGGGGCGCGGGGACACGAUCGGCCACCGCCGCCCCCGGCCUGACCCCCGGCGCUGGCCGAGCGGGCUGCUGCUGCUGUUGCUGCUUUGGCUGCUGGAGGCUCCGUUGCUAUUGGGGGUCCGAGCGCAGGCGGCGGGUCAGGUACCCGGGCCGGGCCAGCAAGCCCCGCCGCCGCCCCAGCAGCAGCAGAGCGGGCAGCAGUACAACGGCGAACGGGGCAUCUCCAUCCCGGACCACGGCUACUGCCAGCCCAUCUCCAUCCCGCUGUGCACGGACAUCGCAUACAACCAGACCAUCAUGCCCAACCUGCUGGGCCACACGAAUCAGGAGGACGCUGGCCUGGAGGUGCACCAGUUCUACCCGCUGGUGAAGGUGCAGUGCUCCGCCGAGCUCAAAUUCUUCCUGUGCUCCAUGUAUGCUCCUGUGUGCACCGUACUGGAGCAGGCGCUGCCGCCCUGCCGCUCCCUGUGCGAGCGCGCGCGCCAGGGCUGCGAGGCGCUCAUGAACAAGUUCGGCUUCCAGUGGCCAGACACGCUCAAGUGCGAGAAGUUCCCGGUCCACGGAGCUGGAGAGCUGUGCGUGGGCCAGAACACAUCCGAUAAAGGUACCCCGACUCCCUCCUUGCUGCCCGAGUUCUGGACCAGCAACCCACAACACGGAGGCGGUGUCUACCGCGGCGGCUACCCGGGGGGCGCGGGCCCGGUGGAACGGGGCAAAUUCUCCUGCCCCCGCGCCCUCAGGGUGCCCUCCUACCUCAACUACCACUUUCUUGGGGAGAAGGACUGUGGCGCGCCCUGUGAACCCACCAAGGUGUACGGGCUCAUGUACUUCGGGCCGGAGGAGCUGCGCUUCUCGCGCACCUGGAUUGGCAUCUGGUCCGUGCUGUGCUGCGCCUCCACGCUCUUCACGGUGCUCACGUACCUGGUGGACAUGCGGCGCUUCAGCUACCCCGAACGGCCCAUCAUUUUCCUGUCCGGCUGUUACACAGCGGUGGCCGUGGCCUACAUCGCUGGUUUUCUGCUGGAGGACCGGGUGGUGUGUAACGACAAGUUUGCAGAGGACGGGGCGCGCACAGUGGCGCAGGGCACUAAGAAGGAGGGCUGCACUAUCCUCUUCAUGAUGCUGUAUUUCUUCAGCAUGGCCAGCUCCAUCUGGUGGGUGAUCCUGUCCCUCACCUGGUUCCUGGCCGCCGGCAUGAAGUGGGGUCACGAAGCCAUCGAGGCCAAUUCACAGUAUUUUCAUCUAGCCGCUUGGGCUGUGCCAGCCAUCAAAACUAUAACCAUCCUGGCAUUGGGUCAGGUGGACGGCGAUGUACUGAGUGGAGUGUGUUUUGUAGGGCUUAACAACGUGGACGCACUGCGUGGCUUUGUGCUGGCGCCGCUCUUCGUAUACCUAUUCAUCGGCACCUCUUUUCUGCUGGCUGGUUUCGUGUCACUCUUCCGCAUCCGCACCAUCAUGAAGCAUGACGGCACCAAGACCGAGAAGCUGGAGAAGCUCAUGGUGCGCAUCGGAGUCUUCUCAGUGCUCUACACCGUGCCGGCCACCAUCGUCAUCGCCUGCUACUUCUAUGAGCAGGCCUUCCGGGACCAGUGGGAGCGCAGCUGGGUGGCCCAAAGCUGCAAGAGUUAUGCCAUCCCCUGCCCUCACCUCCAGGGGGGUGGAGGCGUCCCACCACACCCACCCAUGAGCCCGGACUUUACAGUCUUCAUGAUCAAAUAUCUCAUGACGCUAAUCGUGGGCAUCACAUCGGGCUUCUGGAUCUGGUCUGGCAAGACACUGAACUCCUGGAGGAAGUUCUACACCAGGCUUACCAACAGCAAACAGGGGGAGACUACAGUCUGAGACCCGAACUCUACUUUCCCCGGGUCUUGGCCAGAUCCCAGCCAUCAGCCUGAAAACUGGCACCAAGGAAUGCCUGCCAAGCCUGGCUUCUCCAGGCUUCCACGCUAGACACUCAACUUUUGCAGGCUUUCAACAAACAGCCACAGCUCCUACAAUAGCUUCUGUCCCCGGGGUAAAGGAAAGAAAGGGCCCAACUGCCAGAGGGGUGUGUGUGUGGACCGUCUCUCUAGCCCUAGCUCUGCUACCAGGACUGUACGCUUUUAUGAUUGUAAAUAGCCCUGUGUAAGAUUUUUGUAAGUAUAUUUGUAUUUAAAGACUAC